AAAUGCGCCUCAGCAGACGGCACGAGCCCAAACUCCUGAGUCAGAGCGCGCGAUGGCUAUAAUUUGGGUCUCAGUGUUAUGCGCGUUGCAUGGAGUUCUUUCAGGACAAGCGCUUGGCAGAGAGCAGAUGCCUUUAGAGACAUGCUGUAAAAAUGGGAGAGUCUAUGGUCUGAGGAAUCAGCACUGUACUUCGCUUCUCCAUAUGUCCCAAUCCUCUAUCUGCAGGAUGGCUCAGAAGCAAUGCUGUGAAGCUGCACUGAAGGAAAGUCUCUGUACCAAUGGCAUGACCAGUGCCAAAAGAACUGGAAUGUGUGACUUCUCCCUUUUUCAGACAGACCCUUACAAAGUCAACACUGCCAAGAUGUGUUGUGAGUGCUGUGUGCUCGGGCAGCUGGCUCAGAGAGGGAAUUAUACCUGUGAGCUGCAGAUUCCCGUCACUGUUCACUGCAGGAAUGUGGCACAGGCAUGCUGCAUAGUGAAAGAGCAUGGAUUAAUCCACCAAGCUGUUUUUGGAACCCCCACAUUGUCACCUCUGCUGAAUAACAGUACCAGUGGUGGAGAUAAUAUCCAGGGCACUGACUUGUGUGCAGAAGGGGUAACAAGAUGUUCUCAGCUUUGUGUGGGUAACGGUUCUUGUGUCUGCCUGAGAGGUUUCCACCUUAAAUCCGAUGGCUACAGCUGUGAGGAUUACAAUGAGUGUCUGUCAGGCACUCACAGCUGCAGGCCAGGUGAAAGAUGCAUCAACACUGAGGGCUCGUACCGCUGUCAGAGAGAAACCAGCUGUGGCACGGGAUAUGAGCUGACUAACGCCAACACCUGCCAAGAUAUCGAUGAGUGUCUGGUAGGAACACAUAACUGUGGACGUGAAUUCAUGUGUCAGAACACUGUUGGGUCAUUUCGCUGCCAUCCCCGACAUCAGUGUGGGCUCGGAUUCAUCCAGGAUGCCGCCGGAAACUGCAUUGACAUCAAUGAGUGCUUACAUGAGAGGAGCCCAUGCCAACCUGGUCACACAUGUGUUAACAUUGUCGGCUCCUACACAUGCCAGAGGUUCUCAGUGACCUGUGGACGUGGUUAUCACUUGAACACAGAGGGUACACACUGCAUAGAUGUGGAUGAAUGCACCAGAGCAGACAGAGCCUGUCAGGGCCAUGACUGUGUGAACCUUCUGGGCUCUUUCCGCUGUGACUGUCGUUCUGGAUUUAUGUUUAAUAGCAUCAGCAAAACCUGUGAGGACAAUGACGAAUGCAGGAGCUAUCCAGGGCGCUUGUGCGCUCAGAAAUGUGACAAUACUCCUGGGUCAUACCGGUGCAGCUGCCAUCCUGGGUUCAAGCUGGCCAGGGAUGGCAAGAGCUGUGAAGAUGUGAAUGAAUGCGAGAACAGCCCAUGCAGCCAGGAGUGUGCGAAUGUCUAUGGCUCCUACCAGUGUUACUGUCACCGUGGCUACCAGCUCAACAACAUGGAUGGAUAUACAUGUGAAGACAUUGAUGAAUGUGCCUUGACCUCUGGGGGCAAAGUUUGCUCGUAUCACUGCUUAAACACACCUGGUAGCUAUGAAUGCACCUGUCCUCCAAAAGGCUACACACUCUCCCCCAGUGGACGCACCUGCUUGGAUAUUGAUGAGUGUGCAGCAGGAACACACAACUGUUCUGUCGCACAGAACUGCUUCAAUAUCUUGGGCGGAUUUCGCUGCCUGUCAUUUGAGUGUCCACCGAAAUACCGGCAUGCAGCAGAGAAUCGCUGUGAACGCUUGCCUUGUGAGCAGAAUAGUGAGUGCCAGACCCUGCCCCUGAGAAUCUCCUUUUACAAUCUCACAUUUCCCACCAACAUCCCCAUACCUGCUGCUGUUUUCCGCAUGGGGCCGUCCAGCUCUGUGCCUGGGGACAACAUCCAGCUCUUUAUCGUGGAUGGUGAUACAGAAGGAUUCUUCAGCAUCCAGAAAACAGCCCAUGGUGCAGUGGUGUCUGUGCAGCGACCACUGGCAGAACCCCGGGACUUCCUGCUUACUGUGGAAAUCAGGCUGAUUCGAUAUGGCAUCACAAGCAUUUUCGUGGCUAAGAUCGCUGUGUUUGUUGUUAAUGACCAGCCCAGUGUUCCCAACAGCUGGCAAAAACCUUAAUGCUGCUUCACCUUCUGUGUCUUAUUCAUUUUAGUAUUAUAGCACAAAUGUGUCAACCUUUAUUUGUUUUAUAUAAAAUCAGAUUUUUACAUAACCAUGGUUCUAUAACCAUUUCCUUCCAGAACAUGUGGAAUUUUCCUUUGUGUGUUUUUUCUACACUGGCUACCAAGUCAUCUCCUAGUGACUAUGAACUCAUAAGUGCUUCCUGUAUAAAGUCCAUUGUACCUCACACUAAUCCUCUGGUCUUUCCCAUCAACAAAAAUCACCUGGAUGUUCUACACUUGGUAGUAGAACCAUGUUUACAUAUGUAUCAUACCAUUCUACUUCUCAACGUUCUUGAAUUUCAGGGCAGUUUCCUUCCAGAAGUAGUUGAGACCAUAUAUUAAAAUC